AUUCAAUCAGUGGAACGUCAAGAGCUUUGUAGUUUUGGGCGCUUUCCUAGUGACACUUGUAGGCUUUGGGACACAUUUUGAAGAUGAAGAACCGGUGGUGGAGAGGUGACAACCCAUUCAAUGCCACUAUUUCUUUUCUUGCUAUCAAGUAUCAACCUUUGAGCACUUGAUGGACUCUCUUUCUUUGCAUUCUUUUCGCCGGAGAAUAAUACCAAAAUGGGUGUGGGUUUUAGGCCAAGUAUCAAGUGCGGUUUUCCAAUUCGCUCUGUCCUCAAUUCACCAUCCAGGCUCCCUUCUUCUUCUGUUAAAGGCAGGGAGGCUUCUUUCAACCUGACGAGGCUCUCUUUUCUGUCUGUUAUUUCUGAAGAGGGUGACAUUUUGUAUAGAGAUCCUUUCAAGGCUUAUGCUUAUUCACCUGCAAUGCAAAUCUUAGAGAAUGGGCAUUCUCAAGUGGAAGGAGCUAAGACGAUUUUUGAGAAAGGAUCUCAUAACACGAUUGAUGAUGCUGAAGUGUUGUCUGUUAAAUAUGACAUUCUUGUUCCCUCUUCAAGCUCAAAAGAGAAGAAUUCAAGGUUUAGUUUGUUAUUGGAAAAUCUUAAUAUCUUAGAGGAGUCUUUUGCUGAUUCUGAUGCACUGAAUUUGGAAAGGGAUAUUCUGCUACAAUUAGGAAGACUUGGAGCUCUAAAAUUAUUCAAUACAUGCCUGAGGAGGACCCUUGCUGAUGUUCCUACUGAAAAUAUUGGAGAGUGUAAAAUUAAUAACGCAUCAAAUGAUCUUGUAAAUGAAGUCAUUAUCCGUUCUGGGAAAAAGCAAGAAAGAAAAUCUAGAAGAGAAAGAGCCUCCUCAAAAAUUGGCCGUCUUGCUUAUUCUUUGUCACUGCCUUCAGAACACAUUCAAAAUGGUCCUGGAAAGCCUAUUUUUUCCUCUGCUAAAAAAGCAUCAAAUUUCAAGAGUAGAAGAUUGAUAAUUGCUAGAAAUGAGGCGGAAAUGUCCAGGGGAGUUAAGAUGGUUUCAGAGUUGGAGAAGAUCAGAACAACUUUGGAAGAGGAAACUGGACGAGUUGUCAGUUGGAGUUGCUGGGCUGAAGCAGCUGGACUUGACAUGAAGGAGCUACAGCAGCAGGUGCGUUUUGGUUGGUAUUGCAGAGAUGAGCUCAUCAGGAGCACUCGCUCUUUAGUUCUGUACUUUGCCAGAAAUUAUAAGGGUAUGGGAAUAUCCUUGGAAGAUUUACUUCAGGCAGGAAAUCUGGGUGUCUUGCAAGGUGCAGAAAGAUUUGAUCACACAAGGGGAUACAGAUUUUCGACAUAUGUACAGUACUGGAUAAGGAAAUCAAUGUCAAAGAUUGUGACACGACAUGCUAGAGGGAUUCAAAUUCCUUGCGUAUUAAGCAGGGCAAUAAACCAGAUACAAAAAGCUCGAAAAGCCCUUAGCACCAGCUAUGGGAAACAUGCGGAUGACAGCGAAAUUGCCAAGUUCACGGGUCUUUCUUUGGCUAAAAUUGAAUCAGCUAGUAAAUGCCCUAGAGUUGUGGGUUCAAUUGAUAAGAAAAUUGGAGAUGGUCUCAAUGCAAAAUAUUUGGAAUUUAUGUCUGAUAUGUCGAUACAGAGCCCUGAAGAAGCUGUCAUGAGGCAACACAUGAUAAAAGACAUACAUGAUCUCUUAAGAGGCUUGGAAUCAAGAGAAAGGCAAGUGUUAAUUCUUAGAUAUGGGCUUAAGGAUCAUCAGCCCAAAUCACUUGAGGAGAUUGGGAAGCUUUUCCAUGUGAGCAAGGAAUGGGUAAGGAGGUUAGAGAAGAAAGUAAUGACAAGACUUAGGAGUGAAGAAACCUGCAGAAAUUUAAGACAUUAUAUGAAUUCAUAGUUUUAUACUUUAUCCUAGAUUCUCCUAUCAUGCCUGCUUUUGAAGUUAAAGCUGGGGCUUUCUAGUCAUCCUAACUUGCUCGCUGCAAAGUUGGCUGGUUGAAUUUGGUAUGAUUGUUUUCAGUGUACUCACAUCAUUGCAAUCUUCAAGAGAGAGGAAACUACACCAACAAAGGAAGUUGCCUUUGCUUUUAUUGAAUUUGGUUCUUUGUCAGCUCAUUGUCAUUCUUCAUGGGCCUUGAGAUGCAUUUUUCUUGGAUUAAAUUUAAUAAUUCACCAUUUACAUCAAAUCCCACCUUAUAAAUUUAAUAAUUCACCAUUUUUCUAUGAUACUUUUCUUGGGGUCAUGAUAUAUGGAUUUGUAAAUUAUUAAUCAUUCUCUAUUGCUUGAUAUCCUGAUUGCAAAAGUCUUGUGGAGCUAUACAUAAGAAUUGCAUUUUCUAGUGUAUUAUAUUCUAUGAAAUGACAGUGAAUGGUUGUAGA